UACUUCCAACACCUUGGUUAAGACGACGAUUACCAAAAUAGAAUCCCAGCAAAACAGAUACAUCGACGCGAGCCUUCUAUUAUAGACAACAUCCUACAGGUCGAACGUCAACCCCCCCGAACGCGCCUUACGCUGCGCCCAUGAAAACCGAACACCUCCCUCGAGAUUUCCGGAUUAGCAUACAUAACACGUCAGAUCGAAAUGCCUCCACCGAUGCAGCGCUUUGGCGCGGCACCCAAUAACCUCGCGUCGCACUAUCAGCAGUAUCCAGGACACUCUCAGGCUGCUGGACUGCCGCCGCCCGCGCUGGGUGCCAACCCUGGUUUCAUGAACGCAAACUCGAUGUCCAAUCCCUUCUCAGUAAAUGGCAAUACUUUGAACAUGCCGAGUGGCUUUGGGGCCUCUGGGCUGGGUAUGCCCGGAGGAACGGGGCUGGCAAGUCAAGCCGCACAGAUGAGCUUCGCGGGUGCAAAUCUUCAACAACAGAUGCAUAACGGUAUGGGUGAACAAGGUUCGCGGGGCGUGGCGAACAAAGGAAGGAUCAGGGAGGUGUGGAAAGGGAACUUACACGAGGAGAUGGCUAUAUUAAGGGUGCUCGUGGACAAGUAUCCAUACAUUGCUAUGGAUACGGAAUUCCCAGGACUCGUCGCGCGCCCCAUGGGAGCAUUCCGGGGGAAGAGCGAUUAUCACUACCAGUGUUUACGGUGCAACGUCGAUUUGCUCAAGAUCAUCCAGCUUGGAAUCACACUUUUCUCAGAGGACGGCGAAUCGCCCCCACCAACAUUACUAUCUUCCGAUCCGGAGUUCAACAUACCUGGGUCUCGAAAAUACGGCGGCGGAAUUAUACAAUUACCGUGUACUUGGCAGUUUAACUUCAAAUUUUCGUUGAAGGAUGACAUGUACUCGGAGGUGUCUAUAGAAGCUCUCAGACAAGCGGGCGUAGACUUUCCCAGCCUCGAGCGAGACGGCAUCGACCCUUUCGACUUCGGAUCCCUCCUCAUAAGUUCCGGUCUUGUGUGCGAUGAAGAUGUGCGCUGGAUAUCAUUCCACGGCGGCUACGACUUCGGAUACCUUACCAAGCUCUUAAUCUGCGAUCCUCUGCCAGACGACGAAAGGGAAUUCGAUAUGCUUAUGAAGAAAUGGUUCCCCAGUAUUUACGACAUCAAGUAUCUCAUGAAGUAUGCAAUUAAGCAGCAUACAAUGGGCCAACUCACCCCGCUCGAUGCUGGCAGUGCUGAAAUACUGUCCAAAUUCGAGCAGAAAUCAGGGCUCGAAAACAUCGCCGAAACCCUGAAGAUCAAACGACAAGGUGCUGCGCACCAAGCGGGUUCAGACUCCUUGGUGACGGGCAAGGCCUUCUUCAAAAUGAGGGAGCGAAUCUUCAAUGGCGAGAUCGGCGAUGAACAUCUGGGCAAGGUGUGGGGUCUGGGGUUCCCGGAGCACCAUGCGCCACAACAUAGUACUCCUCAGCACUACCACCAGCAAUUACAGGAAAAUACCACGCCGAAUCAAAAUCCAAAUCCAAAUCAAAAUGGUAAUUCCUAUGCCAACGGCUCGCCCAGCACGCCGAACACCGGGAACGCAGGUCUCGUUAGCACGCCAGUACAUACCAACAACGGAGGGGGCAUUGGGCCACUGACGCCAGGGGGUGGUGGUGGAGUCUUUGGGUCUUUCCAAUACAACAAAUAGGAAAAGGAGUUCGUGUCUCUGGUCCCGCUAGGCUGGAAAAAACAUUCCUUGGUCGUCAUAUCGGUU